AGGCAGAUUCAGGAAGCCAUUACGCAGCUGGCUGGCGGCGGUCGGGCCGGUCAGGGCUGGGCCCUACGCAUUUUGCGUAGCGAGGGGGAUUACUUGGGGCCUCGUGCUUGGCCUCGAGAAAACCCUGUCUGUCCCCCUUUGGGGAGGGGGUUGGGAAGUGGGCGAGAAGUGAGGUUGAAAAAGAGAAAAAAAUUGGGGUUGUUAAGGACAUUAUAAUUUCUUUAAAAAGGGAGGAAAGGGGAGGCCAUGGCUGUCCCAGCCAAGAAGAGGAAGAUGAACUUUUCAGAGCGGGAGGUAGAGAUCAUCGUGGAAGAACUAGAGCUGAAGAAGCACCUGCUGGUGAACCACUUCAAUGCUGGGGUCCCUCUGGCUGCCAAGAGUGCAGCCUGGCAUGGCAUCCUGAGAAGAGUCAAUGCUGUGGCCACCUGCCGCAGGGAGCUGCCCGAAGUUAAGAAGAAGUGGUCCGACCUCAAGACGGAGGUCCGUCGCAAGGUUGCCCAAGUCCGAGCAGCUGUAGAAGGUGGCGAGGCCCCAGGAACCACAGAAGAGGAUGGAGCUGGUGGACCUGGGACAGGUGGUGGCAGUGGCACAGCCAUAGCUCCUGUACUGCUGACGCCUAUGCAACAGCGCAUCUGCAACUUGCUGGGUGAGGCCACCAUCAUCAGCCUGCCCAGUACCACGGAGAUCCAUCCUGUGGCCCUCGGACCCACGGCCACGGCAGCUGCAACCACGGUCACCCUGACACAGAUCCCCACUGAGACCACCUAUCACACACUGGAGGAGGGAGUGGUGGAGUACUGCACAGCCGAGGCUCCUCAAACCCUGCCAACCGAGGCCCCCGUGGCAAUGAUAGCCCAGCAUGCAGAUGCAUCUGUCAAACCACAGGCACUUAAGAGCCGCAUUGCCCUCAAUUCUGCCAAGCUGAUCCAGGAGCAGAGGGUCACCAACCUACACAUAAAGGAGAUUGCCCAGCACCUGGAACAGCAGAAUGACCUGCUACAGAUGAUUCGGCGUUCCCAGGAGGUGCAGGCCUGUGCCCAGGAGCGGCAGGCCCAGGCCAUGGAGGGCACCCAGGCAGCCCUGAGUGUCCUCAUCCAGGUCCUCCGGCCCAUGAUUAAAGAUUUCCGACGCUACCUGCAGAGUAACACACCCACCCCAGCCCCAGUGCCUGACCCUGACCCUGGACAGGUGGCCCAGAAUGGACAGCCAGACAACAGCAUCCAGUGAGGGCAAGGGUCCAAUCUUCCAUGAUUGAAGGAAACUUCUGUGGAUUUGUAAGUGGUUUCUGUGAGUGGUUUUAAGUGGACCAUGUGGGUAGCUCUCUUGAAUGAAUGGAUGGAUAGCUGGGACUUGUUAGUCUGAGAGCAAUGAAGGAGGUGGGAAAAGGAAAUCUCUGGGCCCCUGGAACCCACUCUCUCUUACUUCAACUUCUGGGGCUACCUUGUUGAAAUCUGGAAGAUUUAGCUGGGAGUGUGUGUGCUGAUAAUGGGACAUUUGUCAUGAUCUAAGGCUUGAGACAUCACCCAGACUCAGUCCAGGACAACUUUAAGGACAGACUGGUUCUCACUGGGGCUAUGUCAUGGCACAGGAUCUUCAAUGGACUGCCCCACCUCAGGUGCACCAUCUAUUUUGGUGCCAUCCUGCCAGUGUCGUUGGCAGAAACGCAAUAACGUCCACAUGAGAAUGUCUCCCAGUGCCACUGGGAAGCCCCAGCCCUCUUCCCCACUGCCUCCGUCCUCAGGGACUGUCCCUACAGCUGUGUGCCACAACCAUCCAGUCACAGCCCAGCUCUUGGAAAUGCCCUGAGUCGGAUACAGCAAGCCUGGCUCAGGAAUGCUGUUUGGUGGGAAGGGGUUGGCCAUGUUCUAGUCUUCCAUGAUACCUCUAGGUAGCUGUUAUGUGGUUACCCCAUCCCCGGACUUUGACAUGGGUGGGCUUCAGGUGCUGUCUGUAUUAGAAAGCAAACCCUGUGGAGUCUUGUUCCCUGCUGCAGUGCACUUGAGGUGAACCUCUAAUUUUUAUUUUAUUUUAUUAGUAGUUUUUUCAGAAAGCUCAUUUCUAGCCAGUUGUAUUUAUUCUAUAGCUGAACCCUUUCUGGGAAGGUUCCAGGGUCUGUGGCCACACUCUUUCCUCUCUGCUGGACCACAUAUCUGACAUGCAGUGCACAUUAGAGCCCUGUCCAGCAUCCCACCCUGACACUCCCCUCCCCUGCUCUGUUACUCAGUGCCUGGUGCCCUGUAGAUGCCCCACACACACCCCCUCCAUCCACAACUGGCUAAGUGAAUCCAAAACAAGGAUUAUCCUUGAAUGUAAGAGGAAAAUGGGGCCGGUUUAAUUCUGUGCUGUAGCAGGGCAUAGAUAGCCUCAGAGGGCUGAAGGACUUGUCUGUCUUUCCACCUUCUCUCUGAGGCAUUUACAAAAAACUUAGGCAGGCAGGAUCUGCCUGUAUCACUUUCAAACUUGCAGUUAAGUGCUAAGCCCUUAGUCUCCCCACAUCAACAUCCUAUUUGCCAUUUUGCUGCCAUAACUGGGCCAAUUAUGACCAGUAGCUACAACGUAGUUCCAGGUCUCAGUCAAGCUGCCCUUCUAGGCAUGCACACACUGAGAUGCUUAGCACAUUCUUGUUCUCCCAGGGAGAGACCCCCUGGAGACAGGAGGUGGCUACCUGCUGUCCCCUUCUCCAAGAAGGCAUAUAUGACACCAGAUACAGAGAGGGUAGUGAAGAGGGGCCUCCCCCCUGGAGCCUGUUGGCCCCAGCAGGGUUGCUGCAGAGGGUUCUGAUUUGUGAUCCCAUUUGGUUCUCCUCUGGAGUUGAAAAUCUGAGCCAAUGUUGUAUGUGUUCCAUUUGUGUGUAAAGAGGAAGCCUAGAUUACUUAAGUUGACUUGUUCUUUCCAGGUCACAACUUUAAAUUAAAGAAAUUUUUU